ACUUCUUUGAUAAGAGCAACAAACUUUCCGUAUUAAAUAUUCUUUUUUAGGACUCAGGUUUCUGGAAUCGUCUAAACUGUACUCUAGACGUAAUUUAAAGAGUCGUCCAUUAAUAUUACGAUGAUAUCAAAGUUCUUCCAUGGUAAAAUGGAUGGAAUUCUGAUAAUUUUCUUUAUUGUCUUUGCAGCGUAAAUCCGCAAGAUACUUCUAGAAAGAGAAACCCCAUUUUGAAAUAAUCAGUAUUUUAUUAAUCAGACAAACGCUGACAGGUUAUCGCUGUGAAUUGGACAUGCUACUCUAUAAAUGGAGGGUCACUUACGUCUUCAGUUUUGUUAAUAAUAUUCUACGCUUCAAACCCAUUUAAAAAGUGAAUGGUUGAGUAGACUGUUUACCGAAGCAGAGAAAUCUCAAACCAUCAGAUAUUAAAGCCUUGUCCUAGAUAGAGAGGCCAGUCACCCCCUUUUCUUUAAGACUUUAAUUAAACUAGAUUCCAUGGCGUUCAUUAUGUUUUUAGUAUUUAAAUAUCUAAAACGCAAUUUUCUAUUUAACGAUGGAAAAUUUUCAAAUAUCGAAAUUGAGUUUUUAUCAUUGUUUAAAAUUUAAAAGAAUUACAAUCACAAAAUUAUCCAGCCAAUACCUCCGUGACGUAAAACAAACUACUCUGGGUUUUUUUCAGGUUUAAAAACUAUUCCUCUUUAAUUAAUAUAUUCUGAUUUCUUUCCUAUUCGUCUUCUUAUUUUGUAAAAAUGUUCACCAUCGUAAAUAUUUCCUUAUUCUGACUACAGUUAAUAUCCAGUGAAUUGAUCUGAAAACGAGAUAUAAUAAAUUUAUUUUUAUGAUUUAGUAUUGACCAGAGUCCAUGACUAUUACUAAACGCAAAUACAUUACAUUGUACAGGAUCAUUGUUAGUGCUAAUAUGUUAAAAGUUUAAAUAAAUAUUUAGAUUUAUGUAAAAUAUAUAAUUUAAUUGUAAUUAAUUUAUACUUUCAGUAAACGUGUUCUGUAUAAAGCAAUAAAUAUUUUCAGAUGUAACUAAAGUUUGUAAAUUUUUGAAAAUUUACAUAAAUUUACAAAAUGUCGAGGAUUGAUUGGGGUUGUUUAACGGGAACUUUAAUGAGAGGGAUUCUUCCAACAGAUUGCUCGGUUCAGGUUAUUGCCACAAAGUUGAUAAGUGAUGAGAAUGAAGCUGAUAGAAGAUAUCGUAUAAUGUUCUGGGACGGAGAAUCAUUAUAUAAACAUGGACUCCUCAUAACUAGCACUCUUUCCCCUCCAACCAAAUUCUCUAUUAUCAGGGUUGGGACGGAUACACUUCCUGAGGAUUGCCGAGAGAGUUGUGUACGAAAGUUGGAGAAGGAUGGACAGGAAUCCUACGCGUAUUUAUUCCAUCAUUACAUUCUCCUUCAGGACGGAACCGAAGUGGGAUUUAAACUCACAAAACAAAGUGCUACAAAGCUACCCUUAACACCUAAGAGUAUUGGUGCAAAAAUGGAUGAAGGUAGUGCAACAGGAAGCUUGUCCACCCCUCCUAACCUGAGUAUCCCAGGUCCUCCUCCUGCUGUAAGACCAAGGACUGAAGUUAGUACCCCGGAAAGGAAACCGAACCGUGAAGCAGUAAAGAGAAACCUGGCGGAGUCUUUUCCUUCUCCUAAACGACAAAAUACCGGACAGAGUAACGGUGCAGGGGGAGGAGGGACGAAAGCGACUCAUCAGAUUGCUGGAAUUGAAACAUUCAUGAACAAAUAUAAGAUAAAGGUUCGUGUAUCACAGAAGAAAGAUUUAAAAGAGAUAUCUAGCUCGGGUGGAUGGAAAGGGAAGGUUAUAAGCUGUGUUCUCAGUGACUCCACUGGAGAUAUCAUGCUUAAAGCAUUUAAUACCGAGGCAGAGAUGUUGAAUUCAACCUUGGAGAACGGAAGCACCUAUCUUCUGACCGGAGCUAGGAUUACUCCAGUCAGAGAUGCACGUUUUAAUUCAACCGGCCAUCACUGUGAGCUCAUAUGGAACCAAAAUACGCAAGCAAUCGGUCCCUUACUCUCCGAUCCGGUCAACAUCAAAUACAAGUUUGUUCCAAUCUCUAAACUAAGAGAAUUGGAGAAAGACAGUAGUUGUGAUGUCUGUGCGUGGGUGCAAGAGACUGGAAACGUUAUUGAGUUUCGAAGUAAAGCCGAUAAGGAUUUGAAGAAAAGAGAAUUGAUCCUAGCCGAUGAUAGCGAGGGAGGGAGCAGUAUAUCACUAACUCUAUGGGGCAGAAUGGCAGUGGACUUCAACCACAACAACAGGGUUAUCGCCUUAAAGGGAGCAAAGGUUGGAGAAUGGAAUAACGUGAAGAAUCUGAGUAUUGGGUUCUCCGGGAGCUACGAGGUUGAGCCAAAUAAUCCCAGGGUUGAGGAUCUAGUAUCCUGGAGUAACAUUCUUCAAAACUCUCAAUCACAACCCCCAUCCCAGCUCAACAAAUCAAGCACUGAAGAGGAGUUCACGACCAUACAAGAGCUUAAGGAUGCUCUGACUGUGAGUGGAGGAGAGAAAAGGUUUAAUCUGUACGGUUGGAUCAUCGUGAUUAAAGAUGAAAACUUGUUCUAUAGAGCACACACCCCUCCUACAGGAACCAGAUGUAACAAGAAAGUGGUGCCUGGGAGUAGUGGGUUCGAGUGCAGUAAGUGUAUCAGACGAGAUAUACAGGAGUGUGAUACAACCUUACGGUUCAAUGUUAGGUUGAAUAUAGCUGACUAUACAUCAAACAGCUGGUGCUCAAUGUUUGAUGCUGUCUCCUUGUUUAACAUGAGUGCUCAGGAGAUGUCAGAGCUACAGGAGAAAGAUGAAACUAAGUUCCAGAGUCAUCUAUCCUCGAAGACUUUUCAACCGUUUAUAUUCAAGGUUUCCUCCAAGAUAGAAACAUAUAAUCAUGCACCAAAACUAAAGAUUGUGAUAAAUGAAGUGGUUCCUAUCAGCUGGGUAGAAGGAGAAGCUGGUUUACCCUGGAAGGAUUUGAUCCAAUAUCAGAUCUCUCAGGUUCAUGCCCUAGAGGCGGAGCUAGGUGUUGCACACGACCAGGAGUACGGUACAACCUGGGGGGAGAGCAUAGAUAUAUAGAGGCCUAGAGCUAACCAUGGAAAUGUACCUUAUCAUCUUGACAUUUUUUUAACCAAUAUUUUUACCUUGUAUAGUAUUUUGCCAUAUUUAUAUUUACGACGCCUAGUUUUAUGUUUUUGUUCGAUUAAAUAAUAUAAAAAAUCUUAUAUAAAUAUGUCGGUAUCGUUUAUCCCAGUAAAAUAUUUAUGCGUCUUAUUUUUAUUAUAUUGUGAUGCGUAUUUUUUAUCCUUAUACACUAUACAGUC